AUGUAAAAUCGUUAAGAAUUACAAUCAAACCCUAUUUUCUAAUAGGUUUGUUAAAAACUAAAUUUUUAACCAGAUUAAUUAGAACCAUAAGAUUUUGAAGAGUUCUACUAAGCAAAUUAAAAGAAAUACAAUAUGGAUGAAGAGGGUAUAAUUCAAAUAACAUAAUAGCUUGGGUUGUUUUAUGGGAAGGUCAAGAGGAAAAGAAAUAAAAUAAGUUAUAAUAAGUACUUAAAAUAGUUGAGUUAGAAGAAUUAAAAGCAGAAGAAGAAAAAAAGAAAUCUUUUGCUCAUUUAUUGAUUUAGUUAAGUUAGAGUCAAUCAACUAAAAUUUAAUAAAAAUAAUUAGAAAAAUUAAGAGCAGGCAAUUUAAAGGAUCUAAGAUUUUAUGUAGAAUAAUAAAUUUCAUAAUUAACUAAUAAGAAAAGCUUUAUACCUAGAUAUAAAGAAAUUGAUAUAUUCAAAGAAAGAAGAAUGAUUGAAAUGGAUUAAGAGAGAGAUAAACUAUUAGAAACUAAGGUUUUAAAAUUUAGUCCUCCUUUAGAGACCAAAAAGAAAAUUGAUAGUAAUUUAGUUUUUGUAGGAUUGGAUAAACUUGCUCCAAGAUAAAUAAAAUUAAGUUCAUAUGAAUUUGAUGUUGAAAAUUAUGAUCCUGAAGAUGAUGUUAAUUAUGAAUUAGAACAAUAGCUUUUAGAUUAAAUAGAAGAAGAACUUAGACAAGGUAAAAGAACAGAUAAAAAUGUUACUGAAAUGGUCAGAAGACCAGAAGUAAAGAAGAAAAAAGGAGAUUAAAUAUAAGAAGUAUAAAAAAGAAAUUAAGAAUAAAUGGAAGAAAAAAGAAAUUAAUUAUUAGAGAAAUAAGAAAAAGAGGAAGAGAGAAUUAAUUAGAGAUAGCUAUAAAAAUAGAGAGAAUAAAAAUAGAAAAUAAUAUCUAAUUUUAUGAGAUAAUAAGAUAAAAAAGAAAACUAAAAUAGAAUAUAAUUAGUUGAUGAAUUGAAUAAUGAAUUAUUACAAAAAAAAAUUGCAGAAAAAAAUAAAAAAGUAAAUAAAUUUCAAAAAAAUAAAUCUAACUAUCAUAAAUAAAAAUUUUAAAUAAAUAGAUAAUUAGAUGAUUAUGAUAUGAAUUUAAAUCAACUACUUGAAGAUUAUUAAGAUGGAAUGAUUUCUGCAAAUGUAUUAGAAUAAGCUAUUUCUGAUGUUCCAGUCAAUAUAUAAGUUUAAAAAACUUAAGCUUAAAAAGUUUAAUUAUCUCAAAAGAAAAAGUCUUCUAAAACUUUAAGUUAAAAAAAUUAAUAAGAAUUAAUUGAUUUAGAAUAAAAACAUAAUUUAGAAUUAAGAAUGGUAUUAUCUUUAUUUAAAUUUAGUUAAUUGAAAGAGAAGAACUUGCUGAAUUAAAUAGAUAAAAAUCAAUUAAUAAUGGUGUUUCCUAAGAAAUAUUAGAAUUAUUUGAAAAAUAAAGAGAAGCAUCUAAAAAGAGAAUCUAGAAUACUUUAACAAAAUAGAAAAUGGAGAUUUAAAAUAAAUUAAGAUUAUAUUCUAAAUCUCGUUGA